AUGACACGGCCAGUCCCCUUCACCACCGGUCCCAACUGGGGCCCAUGGCAACCACAGUUUGAUGAAGAGCAAAUGGCAAUGCGAGCCGCCUGCAUGUACUACAACGCUCCCCCCAACUCUUCGAUAUUGGCUGCCCCAGCUGGGGCCAUGCCGUAUAUGAUGGCCGCCCCUUACCACCCCGCGAUGCACUAUCAGAACACGACCUACAUGCAACAAACGCCCAUGCCGACAACCUAUCACCACCACCACCAGGACACCAACGCCCUCUAUGUGAAAAGGGAGUUUGAUCAAGAUUUCAGUGAUGAGCACACGAGGUUCAUCAUGGCUCCCAGCACCGGCACUAGCAACAGCAGCCGGUGUUCGAGCUCUCUGCCCGAGCCAGAGUUUUGCCCGAACCCGUAUGAUGCUACACGCGAGAUGAGGCCAGCCAAGACGAUCCUCCCCAACGAGUCAGUCUGUGACACGGAAAAGGUCCAGUUCGACACGCCCAUUGACAACUUCUUGCGCAAGAUCGACUCGCUCAACGUCAGCUUGCCCGGGACACAGACCGCCACCAGUCCACAGUCGUCGGUCCCGUCAUCGCCCGCCACUUCUCUUACCCGCUCACCCACGUCCGUCAUGACAAGUCCGCCCUCGACUCCAGGCACAGCCGUCGACGACGUCUUCACCUUGCCCGGAACGAAGCCAUCCAAGCUGAAGAAACAUGUCUGCCAGUUCUGCCCCAAGGCCUUCAGCCAGAAAGCCCACCUCAAGCAGCACGAAUACACCCACACCGGGGAGAAGCAGUGGAAAUGUCCUUAUGAAGGCUGUGACUACGCCAACGCACAGAAGGCCAACUUCAACACACACAUGAACCGCCAUAACGGCGUCAAGCCCCACGAGUGCCUCAAGUGUGGAAAGCGCUUCACCCAAAAGGGGGACUUGCGGAAUCACGACAACACGGUGCAUCUGAAGAUGAGGCCCUUUGUCUGCCAAAUGCCCUCUGUCGAGAAGGAGGGACAUACGUGCCACAAGAGCUUUGCCACGCGCGGGAAUUUGAAGACCCAUCUCAACAAAUUCCACUCGGAAGAUACCCAGCGCCUGCAGGAUUCCUGUAUGGACCUGCUGGAGAACAAGACGUUGUCACAGGAGACGCCCUGGCUGGUCCAGUGGUUCCUAGUGACCUUUCAAAACUCCAACAAAGGUGUCAAAGGCCGAGGCAAGGGCCGGAGGAUCGCGCCUCGACCUGAGCCCCUGCCUGUCAAGGCUUGA